AUGGGAGUAUUUGGCACCUCUGAUAAAGAAGAAGCUGAACUCAGAGAAGCAGCCUUGUCUGCUCAACAGCAACAAGAAUCGUCAGAGCGAUCGAGCAGAAGGCCUAGUAGCACGUCGAAUAAUUUGUCACAUUAUGAAACGGCCUCAGAGUUUUCGUCAUCCGCAAAUAACACUUACAACUAUCCUGAACCCAGUGAAGACUGCCAAGAGCACCCAACAAAUGCUGAUUCCAAAGGAGGUUUAACUGGACCCGAAGAAAUCACUAAAUCCACUGAGCAGUUUAACAACCCAUCUGGAUAUAAUGAUAGUAAUGGCAAGACCAUUGAGGCUCACAACACGCCCAUUGUUGGUAUUUCACAAAAUGAUCCAUACUUAUCCAGUGAAACAGCCUCAGAAGCUGAGAUUCAACCUGUCGCUAUUGAAGGAAAAAAUGCACCCGAGGGCGAAGAAAAUGCUUUGAACAGGCAAUACACGUUGGAAAGAAUAAGGACUGGUAAAUCGGUCGAAGAAGCGGCUUCAGAACAAUUUUUAAAAGAAGCAACUAGUGAUCGUGUUUAUGGUGUGAAUGAAUUAGAUUGGGAUGGCCCAGACGAUAAAGAAAACCCACAGAAUUGGACAAAGUUAAAAAAGUGGUGGAUUACUUGGACUGCUGCCGUGAUGUGUCUUGUUUGUUCCUUGGGAUCAUCCAUGUACACUGCUAGUAUACCUGAAUUGAUGGUUAACUUCGGUGCGUCGCAAGAAUUGUGUCUUUCUGGUUUAACAUUCUAUUUAAUUGGUUUAGCAAUUGGCCCUUCGAUUGCUGCUCCGUUGUCAGAAACUUACGGAAGGAAACCACUUUACGUCAUUUCUUGGCCAAUAGCAAUGUUGUUUACCAUGGGUGUUGGUUUAUCGCCCAAUAUCAGAACAUUAUUGGUUCUUCGUUUCUUUUGUGGAUUCUUCUCCAGUCCAGCAUUGUCGGUAGCUGGUGGCACUAUUAGUGACCUUUGGUCAGGUGAACCAUCAGAGCAAUCUUUCGCUGUGGCUAUUUUCUGUUUAUGUCCAUUCUUGGGUCCUGUUAUGGGUCCAAUUAUUGGUGGUUUUUCCGCUGAAUACAAGAAUUGGAAAUGGUCUGCUGCAUGGGUGAUGUUGAUGUUUUUUGGUGCAGCUUGGCCUUCUGCCAUUUUGUGCCCUGAGACUUUCAAGAAGACAAUAUUGGUUCGCAGAGCUAUGAAGAGAGGAAUCAAGGUUGACACUCCAACAGUAAAUUUGGCCUAUGUUAAAAAGAUGAUCAAAUUUAGUUUAGGAAUGCCCUUGAUUUUGUUGUUCACGGAACCAAUUGUCUUUUUCUUGUCCUUGUAUAUUGCCUUUGUCUUUGCUGUUUUGUUUGCAUUUUUUGAAGCCUUCCCAGUCAUUUUCAGAGGUGAAUACCACAUGGAUUUGGGUAUUUCUGGGUUACCAUUCAUUGCAGUUGGAAUUGGUCUUGUCAUGGGAGUGAUCUUUUAUAUUGUAUUGGAUAAGACUAUCUAUUUCCCUAAAAAUCCAGAUGGUACGAGAGGAAAGAGGGAUGAGAACGGUAAUAUCGUUUGGGACGCACCUGAGUCAAGGUUGUUGGUCGCAAAGAUUGGAGCAUUUUGCCUCCCAGCUUCUCUUUUCUGGUUAGGUUGGACGGGUAGAACUGGAAAUAUACACUGGCUCGCACCAACAGCAAGUGGAGUUCCUUUUGGUUUUGGAUUGAUUUUGGUCUUCUUUGCUGUGGUUUUGUAUUUUUCCAUGUCAUUCCCACCAAUUGUUGUUGCAUCUUGUAUUGCAGCCAACAAUUUGUUGCGUUAUAUUUUAGCAUCGGUUUUUCCACUCUUCACUGUGCAAUGUUUUGAAAACUUGGGAAUAGGUUGGGCAGGAUCAUUGUUUGGAUUUAUAGCUGCAAUCAUGGUACCAGUGCCAUUUGUUUUCUCGUACUUUGGUCCUAAGUUUAGAGCAAGAAGUAAGUAUGGAUAUGCAGCUUAUUUCAAGAAAUUAGCUGAAGAGAAAGCUGCAAGAGAAAAAGCACAUAACGAAGGUGAUGAGAAAACACAACCUCCUAAUCCAGAAAAAGAUGUGGCUACUAAAGUGUAG